AUGACUGGACCUGCAAUCACAGCCACUCCUAAGAAAUUAAUAGAGGACUUCCUUAGCAGACAGUUUUUGGGAUUAAGUUUCAACCCUGAAAAUGUUGAGGCAUUCACGUCCAAGUUUAUUGUUGAACCUUCCCCUCCAUCAGUCUCUGGACCAAAACAUCGAGUUGAUAUUAACAGCAGCGUGGUCGUCAGCUGCGUUUCUACUGGAUUUUACCCAAAGGAGAUAAAUCUUACCUGGUGGAAAAAUGAGGAGGAGCUGCAUGGAUUCAAACCAGAUAUCCAGCCAUAUGGUGCAGACAAGACAUAUCAAGUACAAAGUAACAUCACUGUUCGAGCAGAAAUAGACUCGUAUGUUACUUGCAAAAUUAAUCACACAUCAUUAGACCAGCCUAUCAAUUCAACAUUUAAAAUAAAUGAUAUUCUUAAAGUUUUAAUAGCUUCUAAUCGAGAUUUUCCAUCCUCAGCUGUUAUAGCUGGCAUUACAUGUGGCGCCUUAUCUGUUUGUGCCCUUUUGGUUAUUUUUCUUCUUCAUCAAAAAAGAAUAAAAGGGACAGCUGCUGCUCAAAAUGGAUUAGUUACUUCAAAUGUUGAAACAGAACAAGAAAGACAUGUUACCUCAAAUGUUGAUGAAAAACGGGAACAGGAUACGAAGGAUGACAGGAUUACAUAUGCAACACUACAGCCACAUCAAAUUGCUUCACGGCUCAAGAACGUUGUUCAGGAAGACUCAACAGAGUACGCCGCUGUCUGUUUCAAGAGUGUGCCAGAUAAUGAUAUCACCUACGUUACUGUGAACACUGUCAAGUCACAUACAAGUGCUAAAAUACCAAUGUAUUAUAUAGAGGACCACGGUAUAGAAUAUGCUGCAAUUAGAAGGCAAAACAAAAAGAUUAAGAAGUAAAGGCAUUAAUCAAUGUUUGCCACAGUCUGCUCUUACACUGGCUAUUAACUAAGCAUAUAUCAAGCGUAUAAAACAAGGCAAUAACAUAUGUGUAUCGUGUCAGCAUUUUUUAUUAUGACAAAUUACAUUUUUUUCUCUCUUCAAAAUGCCAAUAACCAACUCAAUAAGAAAAGGGGCAAGAAGAAGGACCAUUAAUGAAGUGAAGAUAAAGGAGUGAAUUAGGAAGUCAGGAACAAAAAGCUGGAUUAUCAGGCAGUUAAAGUAGUAAGGGAGAGAACUGAGGAACAGAGACGGGACUCUUUCUUUGCCAUCUAUACUUAUGAGUCUUCCAGCAUUUCUAAUAGACAGAAUGCAGGAGAUCUCUCAGGCUAGACAUCUA